GUUAAGGGAUGAUUUAUGUGGAGAGCUUCCAGUGGCAUUUGUAGUGCUAUCAAAUGGCCAUGAAGUCACAGAGGACGAGAUAAAACAAUAUGUUUCCAAGCAGGUGGUUUUCUAUAAGAGGAUACAUAAGGUUUUCUUUGUAGAGGUUAUCCCAAAAUCGCCAUCUGGCAAGAUCUUAAGGAAGGAUCUGAGGGCGCGGUUGGAAGAGGUUGCCCUGCAUAAUCGAGCACUGUGAUGCUAAUCUAGUUGUCAGUUUGAUAUGUGCUUGAAUUUUCUUUGAUAUACAUGUGAAUGUGUGGAGGGAGAAAGGAGUCAACUUCUUAUUUGAAAUUUGGAAUUGAUUAGGGUGUACUUGCACAUAAUGAAAAUCUAAAUAACUUUUAAA